GCCGUUUCGCGCUCUCUGCUGUGUUUACGUUUGUUUGGAAUAUUAAAACCUGCUUAUGUUUCGGUUAUGAGCGUUCAUAAACACGCAGCGCUUCAGCGCGUCUGAUGUCGUCGCGGUAUGCUCGCUCAGACAGGAUUUAGUCGCGUUUGUGAGUUAAUAUCCACCGAAGAUGAAGAUGAGGUGAUUCUACAAUGAGCGCCCAUCAGAGAACGUUAUUCCAGUCCUGGGGCGGCAGAGACCCGAGCAAAACCAGCGCCAGACCAGAUCCCGCAGCGGCUCCUGAUGAAGAUGAGGAUGAUGAUGAUGUGAUGCUGGUGGCUGUGUACGAGGCCGAGCGCUCGCUGCAGGCCGCUCCGGAGCUGGGCUUUGACCCCUCGGCGGGCCGCGUCUGGAUCUACCCCGUUAAUUACCCGCUCCGCGAGUACCAGCUGCGGAUCUCGGAGGCGGCGCUGCUGCAGAACACGCUGGUCUGCCUCCCCACCGGCCUGGGCAAGACCUUCAUCGCCUCGGUGCUCAUGUACAACUUCUACCGCUGGUUCCCCUCCAGCAAGAUCGUCUUCAUGGCUCCCACCAAACCGCUGGUGGCCCAACAGAUCCAGGCCUGCCACGGGGUCAUGGGCAUCCCGCAGGAACACAUGGCCGAGCUCACAGGCUCGACGGCGGCGCAGCAGCGGCGGGAGCUCUGGAGGUCCAAGCGCGUCUUCUUCUUGACUCCUCAGGUGAUGGUGAACGAUCUGAGCCGUAACUCCUGUCCGGCCGCACACGUCAGGUGUGUAGUGAUCGACGAGGCACACAAGGCCACCGGGAACCACGCGUACUGUCAGGUGAUUCGUGAGCUGAGCAACCAAACGCAGCAGUUCCGCGUUCUAGCGCUCAGCGCCACACCUGGAGGAGACGUCAAGGCAGUGCAGCAGGUGAUCUCUAACCUGCUGAUCUCUCACAUCGAGCUGCGAUCGGAGGACAGUCCAGACGUCCAGACGCACGUCCAUCAGCGCAGUCUGGAGAAGAUCGUGGUCCCGCCGGGAGAGACGCUCGUGCAGUAUCAGACGCAAUACCUGCAGGUUUUGGAGAAGUUCACGUCCCGUCUGACCCAGAUGAGGCUGUUGAAUCAGCGUGACCUCCGCUCCUUCACAAAAUACCAGAUCAUUCUGGCCCGAGAACAGUUCAGACGCAACCCGCCGCCACACAUCCAGCAGGGGCCGCAGCAGGGCGUGAUCGAGGGAGAUUUCUCCAUCUGCAUCAGUCUGUAUCACGGCUAUGAGUUACUGCAGCAGAUGGGCGUCAGAUCUCUCUUCCUCUUCAUUCAGAACAUCUUCUCUGGACCCAAAGAGUCGACUCGCGUGAGGAACGAGCUCCAGAGGAGUCCGGUCUUCAUGGAUCUCUACAGGGAAAUGGAGAGCAUGUUCGCCACAGCGAGCCGAGAGCCUAGAGAGCCGUAUGUCUACAGUCACCCCAAACUACAGAAGCUGGACGAGGUUGUGCUGCAGCACUUUGAGACGUGGGCCGAGAGCUCAGAUGCGAAGGCGUCCGCUGCGGUGAGCACACGCGUGAUGAUCUUCUCGUCCUUCCGCGAGAGCGUGCAGGAGAUCGCUGAGAUGUUGAGCCGUCAUCAGCGGCUGGUGAGGGUCAUGACCUUCAUGGGUCAAGCGUCGGCCGGGAAAGGGGUUCGAGGAUUCACGCAGAAAGAACAGCUGGAGGUGGUGCGCCGGUUCCGUGACGGCGGCUUCAACACUCUAGUGUCCACCUGUGUGGGAGAGGAGGGUCUGGACAUCGGUGAGGUGGAUCUCAUCGUGUGUUUCGAUGCUCAGAAGAGUCCGAUCCGUCUGGUCCAGCGCAUGGGCCGCACGGGACGCCGGCGUCAGGGACGAAUCGUGGUCAUUCUGGCCGAGGGACGCGAGGAACGAACGUAUAACCAGAGCCAGAGCAACCGGCGCAGCAUCAACAAGAGCAUCAUGGGAAACAAGCACAGUUUCCAGAUGUUUGCUCACAGUCCGCGCAUGCUGCCCGCGGGGGUCACGCCGACGCUGCACAAGAUGCACAUCAGCUGCGGUCGGUUCGAGCACAGACCGGUGAAGGGCCGCCGCUCGUCGCUCGCUCUGCAGAUCAACGGAGGAGAGCAGAAGUGUGUGAAGGACGAUGGGUUUCUGACUGCAGCUGAAGAGGCCGAGUGGAUGUCCAGCAUGAGACUGUCUUCAGAUGAACCUCAGCCGGUCUUCAGACCAUCGACGCUGCUGACCUUCAGUGACGAGCCGUCAGAGCAGGAUCCGUGUGUGUCAGGGCCCGUCCGAGAGCUGUCUCUAUGGGAGUGGAGACACUGGCAGAACGGGCCGCUCCACACUCACAGCGUUGGACAUUCGGAGCGAUGCCUCCAUUUCACCUCCAUCAUGGAGCUGAUCGACCGGAUGAGACAGGAGGAGCAGGACGACUGUAGUUUUGAGUCUGAGCUCAUGCUGCAUCUGCAGAAAGAGGAUUAUGUUGGAGGAACAACAAAACCAAACGCUGACGAAAUCACUCGACAGAAGAAGACUAAACUAAACACGGCUGAUCGUGAGAGGAGACUCACUCAUGCUGACCACUGCUUAGACGAAACCCGUGAAGAUCAGAGAGGAGAGGACAACAGCAGAUCUGUGACGUCUGCAGAAAACACAGAGAAGUGUUUAAAUCCGAGCGCCGGGAACGAGGUGGAUCUGAUUGAUCUGUUAGAAGACCCCUGCGUUCAGGAGGACGAGAGCUCAGAUCUUCAGCACAUGUUCUAUCAGCCUGAACUCUGUCCUAAACGCUGCCGUCACAAUCUGACCACCGCAGCUUUUCAGACCAUCCUCGCCAACGUCAAAGAUCUCCUGUCCAGAUCUCCACCGAAGAACUGUGAGUUUGAUCUCCCAGAGAUCAGCACAAACCUCAGUGAUCCACCACUCGGUGAUCCGUUUCAAGUGACGUUCAGCCUGAUCGCUGACGAGCCGUCGUUUAUUGAAGAGGAGCGUGACGUGGAUCAGAAACCAGCAGGAGAUGCUCUUUCUCCAGGCUGGGACCAGCUGUUUGACGACGCUGAAGAGCCAAAGGAAGACCAGGGGAGCUUGAACGAGAGCGUCGACCUGUUCGGAGACGAUGAAGCAUUCCUUCAGAUGAGUGUUCCUGACGUUCAGACGCCCGACAGGAGCACAGGACCUGAAGGAAAGCAGCAGGCUCCUGCUGACGGAAGCAGAGGAUCCGAGCAGGACUUCAACUGCUCACAGGACUUCUUCUCUGUCAACUUUGAGCUGGGCUUUGACUCUGAGGAGGAGGAACCGACUGAUCUGGGAGCAGCAGACGUCACUGCAUCAGCUGUGAAAGCGCCUCCGGUCGGAGGAAACCUGGCGCUCUUGAGAUCUGAGCGAUCGCCGCUGGUCUCAGAUCAGUGUAGGACGAGACCCAGCGCUUCCACACCAAACCACACGAUCCUGCCUCCACUGGGCCGAAGAGCAGAAGAUCAGCCGCGCUCGCGUCCAUCAGCGCUCAGAUCCGCACACACAACGCCUCAGCGCCGGCCCUCAUGCACAGGCGUGUUGAGCAGUGACAGCGAGGAUGAGACGAAUCUGAGGACUCAUAAAAUCAAUCCGGUGUUUUCUCCAGAGCAGUCAAAGAUCUGGAGUGACGUUGAUUCUCCCGUUCAAGCUCGUCGGAAAUGUGCGGCUGCGUUAAACACGUCUGAGGACAGUGAUGGAGAUCUGCUGUCAGAUAUUGAUUUUCAGGACGUCUCCCUUCAUCAGCCCAGAGCUGUGGAGCCGCGUCACGUCAGGAAGCCUCAUAAGGUCCGUCGCGAGGGCCGGCAGUUUCUGGAUGAGGAGGCUGAGCUCUCUGAAGAUGAAGAUGUUUCCUCCGAUGAAGAUGAAGGAGAUGAACAGAACCACUCGCUGCAGGGGUUUGUGGUGAACACGACUCAAUGCUCUCAGGGUCUGAACGACUCUGAGAUGCAGGCGUUCUAUCUGAAGUCUGUGAGGAGUCCAGCGGUGCAGAACCAGGUCCGAAUGACGUAUAAACCCAAACAUAGCGUGGAUAUCUUCUCACAGAUCCCAGAGCAGGACGAGACAUACGGCGAGGACAGCUUUGUGGUUCAUGGGAGUGAGGAUGAGGAGGGUGAGAGUGGCGGUGAUGAAGAGCCUGUGGAGGUGAUCCAUGAAGACUCGUACGUCGACGGGAGGAAACAGUACGCCACGCGCCGCAGAGUCCAGAUCCGAGGAGUCCAGUCAGAGAGGAACGGCAAGAGCAAACGCUCGCGGAUCAUCCGGGUCCAGGACUCCAGUGAGGAGGAGGAGGAAGAGCAGACAGGCUCUGUGUUUACAGACCUGCAGCGUCUCCAGAGCGCCUCCAGACCGACGGAUCGAGACGACAGGAAGCGGCAGAGACUCAGCGAUCAGGCGGCGCUGUCAGAGGAGCUCGACUUCCUCCCGGAGAAACAGGGGACUGCAGUGACUGCGCAGACGCAGAUCCCGCCGGCCGCAGACACUCCUCUGAGAGUGCUGGUGGACAGCCGCUGCAUCAGCGGGGGGUCAGAGGUCGUGUCCCGUCUGCGUCUGCGACACGGCCUGCAGGUUCACGUCUGCUCUCUGAUCAGCUCAGACUUUAUCGUGAGCAACCGCAUGGCAGUGGAGCGGCAGAGCGAGUCCGAGCUCACCAGCGUCCAGAACCGCAGACGGCUGCAGGACAGAAUGCAGCGGCUGCAGGCGGCGUUCGAGCGCGUGUGUCUGAUCAUCGAGAGGGACCGCAGCAAACCUGGCGAGACGGUGCGAGUGUUUCAGCGCAGCCGCUGUUACGACGGGACGCUGGCGGCGCUGGUGAAGGCCGGCGUGCGGCUGCUGGUCAGCAACGGUCCAGACGACUCCGCCGCUCUACUGACCGAACUCGCACAGGUGGAGCGAAGGAAAGGUGAGGCCAUCAGCGUGCCCCUAGAGGUCAAAGGUCACCGGCAGCAGGCUCUCCAGUUCUACCUGACGCUGCCUCACGUGAGCUACGUCAGCGCGCUGAACAUGUGCCAUCACUUCAGCUCCGUCAGUCACAUGAUCAACAGGUGCGCUCAUUCACACCUGAUGCUCCUGAACCGCAGGUGUGCUUUAUUAAUUUCGGUGGACGAGCUGCAGGCAUCUGCGCACAUGAGCCACUCCAGAGCCGAGGAUGUUUACCGCUGUCUGCGCUACAGCUGCGAUUCGGCUCUCAUGACUAACCAGCUCUAACUUAUACUCAGCACUUUAAUGCAUUAUGGAUUUAUUUUUAUGAAUAAUCAGGAUUAUAUCGUACCUUUAUGUGACGUAAAUGUUUUCCGUUUAGGAAAGUUCUGCCCAUCAGAUUAUGAAUGUUGCCGUUACGGUAAUUCUGAAUUAUUUAUGUUUACAGGUAAUAGAGACUCUGUGUGAGCAGGAACUACUUUGAGAAAUAAAAGAGCUUCA